AUGCCGAAACGCGGCCGGCGAGAUGUCGUCACGCUGUCGGCCGAGCUCGCCGCGGAGAUCGGGUGCCCCACGGAGAUGUACGAGGACGAGCUCGAGACGCGCAUGGAGACCAAAUCUGGAGGCGUCCUCUCCGCGUUGUUCGCCCAGGUCGAUCUGCUUCGCACGCGAAUCUUCCCUCUGCUCUCGCAGACCGACCUCGCGAUCGUCGCCGGGUUGAACCGCGAGUGCCGACGCGCGGUGUGGAUGUACGCCCCGAUCGACAACCCGAGAUUCGCGGUCGAGGACUGCGUCGCGAGCGUCGAGCGCCUCCGCUGGGCCCGCGCGAACAAUUGUCCGUGGACGGAGGCGACCAUGCGUCACGUCGUCACGCGCGGGUCCCUCGCCGCGCUCCAGUUCGCCAUCCAGUACGGCUGCCCGAUGUACGCGGAGAUAUUAGUCGACGCCGCGAUGUCGGCGGCGCGCGCGCGCGCGGACGACAAGGAGGAGUCGAAGCGCCGCGCGGACGUCUGUCGACAUCUCAGAGCGCACGUCGCGGCGCUGACGCUCGACGUGGAGACGCGGCUCGACGACGCGGGGAGAGAGCUCGCGCCGCUCGCGCUCGAGCCGAGCGAACGGUGGAAGGACGUCCGCGACAUGCACCCGCGGCAGAUUCGGAAGAAGGUUGGGGAGAUUCGAGACGAGCUGCGGGCGCUGCGGUGGAGAACGAGCGGCGGAGACGGCGAGGGAGGGGCGGCGGAGGGCGGCGGCGGCGGCGGCGGCGGCGACGCGGACGCGGACCCGGCGUCUCGUCUCGCGCGUCUCGAGCGUCGACUCGAGCUGUUCGAGCGCGUGAUGAAGCUGAAACUCCGCCUCGCGUGCCUGCCGGGCGGGGACGGGCUGGUGCGGCUCGCCCGUCGGCGUCUGUCGGGCCCGUCCGGGGACGUAGACGCCGCCGUCGGGCUCGGCGGCGGCGCGACGGGCGGUUGAGCGCCGGGGAACAAGAACGAGAACGAGAGAGAGAGAGAGAGAAGCGAAGCGAAGCGACGACGUCGCGACCGAAACCAAACCCGCCCGCGAUGCGACGACGACGUCGGCGUGGUAGCAAGAUGUAGUAAUAGUAUUUUUCAAUGCGACGACGAACGACGUUCGAC